AUGGCGCGGGUACAUACACUAAGCAAAGGAACCAAUCUUACUCCUCACAUCCUGCGACUUCUGUACUCCUCACUCUCAAUCCCUCAGUCAAACCCUUUAUUCUCAACCCUCUUUAUUCAUUUCCCAAAACCCGAGCAGCAGCAGAGGCGGCAGUCGGCAACUAUUGCUGUCAUCAAAGAUGCAGAUCUUCGUGAAAAUCCUGACGGGGAAGACUAUGACCCUUCAGGUGGAGUCUUGCAACACUAUCGACAAUGUCAAGGCCAAAAUCCAGGACAAGGAGGGCAGCCUCUCGGACCAGCAACGCCUCAUCUUCGUCGUUUGGCAGUCAAUGCCCUAUUGUUUUUGGUUGCUAUCUUGCUGCUAGCACUGAAGCUUUUUGGGACUUCCUCAGUUACAAAAUUGUUGUGUACUAGGAGUCUCAGGUGUAAAGAGUUGAUUUUAACGUCUUCUGUUGCAGCAGUUACUUGCAAUGAUGAACUAAAGGAUGGUGUCAUAGUAGAUGAAAGUUGGUUUUCAGAUCCGUUAUACUGUGAGGAGCACAAGUUAUGGUAUCAACUAUCAAAAAUUUUGGCAGAGAAUGCUGCUUGGGAUUUCUCAAAGGAGCAUGGUAUUGACAUGAUUGCAAUUAAUCCAAGAAUGGUCAUUGGUCCAUUCUUGCAGCCUUCUGCCACUUUGAAUGCAAAAGUGAUCUUGAGCCUAGUAAAUGGUAUGUUGCUCAUUUUAGAUUUUUGGAAGAUCAGCAGCAAGAGUUGCUAAUUGACUCAAGAACUAUAGAGAAAAUCUUAUACUUAGGAAAUGUUUCGACAACACAUUUUUUUGGGGACUUGGAUUU